AUGGAGCCACAACCAUCCGCCACCCCAGAAAAACCGCCGAAACAGGCGUGCGACAAUUGCCGUCGACGCAAGAUCAAGUGUUCGAGGGAGCUUCCAUGCGACAAGUGCCAGCGUCUUCUUCUCUCCUGCUCCUACAGCGACGUGCUCCGUCGCAAGGGUCCCAAGUUCCGCACGCUGUACCCUCUCGCGCCCAUCCAUCCCCUCGCUUCACGACCGCGUCCCCUCACCAAGGAAUGGCUGCCCCCAGACCCAGGGGCCUGCCAUUUGGCGUCCCCGACGUCGCCGCCGUUCACCGUCGUGGACGCCCAGUAUCCACAUCCUGACUUCUCGGAGUCGUUCACUCGCAUCCCACCCCCAGAUCUUGUCUCCUCGCCCGAUUCGACAAACUCGCUCUUCGACUCGUCCACCAUCGGCGCGCUCCCCGCCCCGCGCCGCCUCUCCGCGCCAAUCCUCCUGGCCCAUGUCAAUGUCUUCUUCAAGUACCUGUUCCCCAUCAUGCCCAUCGUGAGACAGGACCAGCUGCAGCAGGACAGCCACCAGCCCGAGCGCUUGUCCCCCCAGCGCUACGCGUUCCUUGCCGCUCUCUGCGCGGCCACGCACAUCCAGCUGAAGCUGGACGGUGCAACGCCGGGCCCCGACUCGGCUUCCGGGCAAGCCACUAUCGACGGCCACCCCAUGUUGUCCGGGGAUGAACUCCUGGCCGAAGCCGUGCGCGCAAGGAAGGAGUACAAUGUAGUCGACGAAAUCAACAUGGACAACCUCCUCACCUCGUUCUUUCUCUUCGCCGCCUACGGAAACCUAGACCGACAGGACCAGGCUUGGUUCUACCUCAGCCAGACCAUGUCCAUGGUCUUCACGCUAGGCCUGCAACGCGAAUCCACAUACUCGAAAUUAAGCGUCGAGGAAGCCGAAGAGAAAAGGCGGGUAUUCUGGCUGCUAUUCGUCACAGAAAGGUAA